AUGAAUAUGUUGGAUGAUGAAGAUGACCAAAGCUUUCACGCUACGCGUGACGGCUACUCCCAUUUGAGCGAUGUCGAAUGGGAUGCGGUUGAACGAAUGGGUUCGACCAUGGGCAUCCAUGCUGCUAGCGUCAUGCUAGAGGCUCUCAAUAGAGAUGCCCAACAUGCUACUAUCGCCAAGUUCAUUCAAAAUGAACUUGACGCAGAACGCGAGAAAGUAGCCUUGCUUCACCAACAAGGUUCUCAACAAGCAGAGUUGUUGAGGGAACAAGUUGCUCAACAGUUUGAACUGUUGAGACAGCAGCAGGCUGCUGCUGGCGGGUCGAUGCACUCGCGUCGGCCCGAGACUUUGAAGAUUGACAUCUCAAAGUAUAGGGGGGUCGAAGAAGACUCCCUCUUGAGAUGGUUCGUCGAAUUGGAUGACGCCAUAAGGGCGCGUCGCAUCGACGACGGGGAUAUGCAAGUUGCAUUUGCCCAGUCAAAUCUGGCAGGACGUGCCAAGACUUGGGCACUGGGGCUCAAGCUGCACGACCCAUACGCGUUUGGGUCGUUGGAAGUCUUCAAGUCGCGGCUCAGACAAACGUUUGAACCGCCUAGAGCUGAGUUCAGAGCUCGAACCGAACUCUUGAAGCUCAAGCAGGGUAAGCGUGAUGUGCACGCUUACGCCUCAACAUAUACGACAUCUCACGAGUUGUAUAAGUUCCAAUCCGGUGGAUGA